CAAAUUUUAGAUGCGGUCACACUGUGUGCCACAGUUGUUUAUUAUUCGCGGUAAAUGAGAAGAAAAAUAACAAAACAAGAUGACAAUAUUGUAUAGAGUGGAAAGUCGGCGUGAAUUCGGAACUAACAAAGACAACAAUGUGUUUCCGCACAAAGUAGUGCUGUGCGCCGUCUCUUCUCGCAACAUCAUCGCAUUUAGCGUCCUUCAGAGUCUCUCGAGUCACGUCUACGUGUGUGACAUUGUGACGCCUUGGCAGCAUUAUAAGGUCUGCUCUUCCAAAUCGCUAAUCAAUGUGCUGGAGUGGAGUGCAAACGGCGAGCAAUUGCUGCUUGGCUAUAUUGGCGGUCGCAUUGAGAUUUGGGAGCCCAAAGAGCACACAUUGAACCUUUGGCAGCUGCAGUAUCAUGCUAACAUUCCCAGCGAAGACAUUGUGCAGGCGAAAUUUUUCCACAACGGUAAAGGUGUCGUAUUCAACACGCAGAAAAAAGAUCACACCUACUAUGCUGAGAAAUUCGAGCGUCUGGAGCAGCGGCCAACAUUGACAGGCUUUGGCGGCGUCGCCACCGAGGGAUGCAUUCUGUUGACUUCGUCGGGAUUGUUGGCGGCUUUCACGCUGCCUCAACUGCAAAAAACGAACCCUAGCAAUAACAGUGGAGCUGAACCCGUAGACAACAGCGGUCAGGGCGAUCAAAUUGAACUGACGCCAGCGACGCACAGCAUUGGAAUCUCCCGCAGCUACAUCGAACACUGCAGCAUAGUGGCGAGCGCAACUGGAGCUCUCAAUGUGGCCUACAGCAUUGGUUGGCAGCAGCCUCAACAACUGGUUUAUUGCUUCAAGGUUUCGCUGCAAUUGGAAGGCGAAAAAAUUACAAUCAAGUCAGAAUCGUUGGCAAGCAUAUUUCUAAACGCAACGCCAGUUUCACAGCCCAGCAGGCGCAUCACGCAGCUGCUGUGGAAGCGAGUGGCCAACGACGAUGUCAUCUUCGUCGUCUUUGGCUCCCCUGAUGGCGGCAGUCUCCUGGAGCAAUGGACGCUCACUCGUCGUCAUCAGAAUGUUCAUGCUCUGCUGCAGCAAUCGACGACAGCAGCUGGAAACAACAAGUCCGUUGAUUUCUUGCCCAGCGAGAGCUGGGAACAAGUGGCCAAACUACAGUUAAAUUCCCAAAUUGCUCAUUUGUCCAGCACUCGUCUUAUUGCUGUGGACUGUGAGCAGUUGUAUGCUAUAAUGCAGGACAACAGUGUGGAUGUUCUGGAGCCGGGCACAUUAAAGAAGGUGAAUCAUACGCAAUUUGAACGCGAUGGCGACACAAGAUUCAUUUGCGCAGAUCUGACACCCACAAGUCAAAUGCUGAUUAUAUUCGAUAGUCAGGCCCAGUUGCAUGCCAUGCAAACUCCAAUGUUGAAGCAAACCACGGGCACUAUGCAGCUGCUCCAGUUGCUGCUCGAGUAUUGCAUUGUAACGGGCAUGGAUGCCAGCGAUGUCUUGAUGCUUAACCUGGGCAAUCUGGAAGCAUUGGUGGAGAAGUUAACCGAUAAUUUCACACGUCAACCGUCUUAUGUCCGUCAGUUUUAUUAUGCAAACUUUCUGGCGCUCAAGAGUAAUCUGUGCCGCGCCCAGCAGCAAGAGUUUGACAAUCUCAUCAUAUUGCACGCCAUUUCAAGUACAUUUAAGAGCCUUUUGCGGCCAUCGGAUCUGGGCUGCCAGGAUAAAGGACCGGCGGACAAUUUGGCCAUGAAACUGGCCGAGUCAGUGCCAGAUGUCGAUCUUGUUUUGCAGAAUCUGAACGCUAAGGACUUCACCGUUGAGCCAAUGAUGCUGCAGAGCCUGCAGCAGCUCAUCCAGUGGGUCACCGACUUGGCGCUCAAUAUGCUGAACCGGCUGCCCGACGAGGUGAUGAAAAGUAAAUUGUCGGGAAAGCGACCCAGCUACGAUAUAAGUCGCGACAUUGUGGCCAUUGGCAGUUUGCGUGAACUGCUGGUCAUGAUCCGGAUAUGGGGACUGCUGAAUCCGCAGUGCCUGCCUGUGUAUACUAAGACAAUGGAGAAUAUCGAUGUAUUGCUCAUACUUUUUAGACUGUUGACGCGGCUGGCGCAGAACACAGCAGAGCCGGACGAACUGCUACUUGACGAAUGCAGUUUGUUGUCAAAACAGUUGCUAAUACCACAACUCACCAAAUAUAACCCGACCACGUUGUUGAGCACGCAAGGAUACACCGCGGUAAAGUCAGGACAACUGGUCUUCACAUCGCAGGUGGAACCAGUUGGACUACAAGACAUUGAAAUGGAGCAGGUUGUGUUUUCCAAUUGUGUCAAGGAUGGCGUCAGCAAUCUUCAGAUCGGAGCCAGCCCCCAUACCAUUAGACGAUGCGCCCGUUGCGGAUUUGUGAAUAGCGCUAAUAAGGUGGCCAAGACGUCGGCUAUGAAAGCAUGGUGUAACAAGUGGUUGCAUUGCCAUUGCGGUGGAUUUUGGAAACAAAUUAAUUAG